GUGACGGGGCGGCGGGCAAGGCAGGGCCCGGGACCAGGUGAAAGGCUGCGGGGAGACCGGAGCCCCGCUCCCGCCCGUCAGCACGCGCCGCCUCGGUUCCUUGGGCACGCGGCGUUUGUCCUGGGCAGCCUGUGCCCGCCCCGCGCUAGGAGCUGGGCGGGGGCCGGCCACGUGCCCGGGGGUUGUGGCGUCGGGGUAGCGGUCAGCGGGGGUGAGCAGUGGGGGCCCGGCAGCCCCGGGGAGCCGCCUUCCGCGGACCUCUUUAAGCUUGGAUUAAACCCGCCAGCAAACGUGCACCUUGCCUGAGCGUUCAGCCCAGUGGCCGGCCCGUCACCCCCGUGCGAGCGCCGGGGCUGUUUGUACCUAGGCGCUCUGGCUUUGAUGCUGUGAUAGGGGUCCCGGGUGGUACAAAUUAUGUAACGGCAAGAGUUGUUGUAAGGGAGGGGAGUGAAUUGUGCCCGAGGUUUACUGGCUAGGCCUCAGCAGCGCUACCAGAAGCGUGGCAAACAUCAAUGGCAAUCCAGUAAAAUGAUGGUACUUGUGCACAGUAAUGUGCAUGACAACAGUACUCUGGCUUUGCACCACAAAUCCUCACCGGAAACAGUGGCAGCGCUUACUUACCAUCUGCAGGUCUGGCUGUGCCAAGGGUGAAGCACAGGAGUAGUUCAUUAUUAAAUCUCCAUUCAGUAAUAUGGAAUAGAUAUGCCUGCUUGUUUGUCAACGCACAAAAGUCUUUAGUUUAUAAUGUAGUAUAUUAAGGGUUACAUUGCAUAGUGGCUUACUGAAGCAGAGAACCUACUAGUUCAUCUCUGGAGUACUGAAUUCAAAUAUAAAUACUUAAAUUAAGGGUGUUUAGAACAAGAAUGGAGAAUCCGUGAUACAGGCUUAGUGCACACUUGAUUAUAGUAUUACUGUUUGUCACAGCUAUGUAAUUUCAGAGUAGCUGAAGAGGGAAAACACCUAUUAGGUAACCUACUCUCUCCCCAUAAUUUUGGUCUUUCAGCUAUUACAUUAUAAACCCUUAUUUUCUGGAUGGCUUAACAUGGCUGUAAAAUUGACUAGCUUGAAAGUUACUCAUGGUUUUAGCGUGGCCUUUAAAUUAUCAUACAACAAUCCAAGAGUUCUGUAGCUUUGAAAGCAGUUUAUCGUUUGUUAAGUCAGUUGUUAACUUCUUCAGCUGAAAUUUUUUUAAUCAAAUGUGGAUUAUGUUGGUCUUUAUGGAGAAAAUAUUAAGGCAAACAGUUGUUUGAGAAGGCAACUUUUUCCAUGUGUGCCAACUCCUUCAUUUUCAAACUCUGUUUUGUUGUGGUGUUAGGUACUAAUAGAUUGGCAUAUUUUUGUCAUGUAGCCCCAUUAAGAUGCAUUGGCCCCAAUAAAUUAAUAGUUUAAACCGGGCACAGGUUUACAAGGAAAUACAAUAAACAGAGGAUGCAGAGGAAGGUUGUAUGUGAGGGAUGGAGCAGAAGCUCCACAAAUGACUGAAACCUCCUUUCUGCCUGGACAUUGAGCUGAAGAAUUUCAUCAUGGGUCAACAGAUUUCAAACCAGACACACACUGCUAUUAACAAGUUGCCAGAAAAAGUAAUAAAACAUGCAUCUUUGGUUCGAGAAAGUGGCUUUCUGACUUAUGAAGAGUUUCUGGGGAGAGUAGCUGAACUUAAUGAUGUCACCACAAAGUUGGCUUCUGGCCAGGACAAACAUUUGUUGUUUGAAGUGCAGCCAGGUUCUGAUUCCUCUGCUCUUUGGAAGGUGGUGGUUCGGAUAGUCUGUACUAAGAUAAACAAAACAAGUGGCAUUGUAGAAGCUUCAAGAAUUAUGAACUUGUAUCAGUUUAUUCAGCUUUAUAAAGACAUCACAAGUCAAGCAGCAGGAGUUCUUGCACAGAGCAGUGCCUCUGAAGGGACUGCUGCAAGUCUGUCACCUGUGUCAUCUUGCCAGGCCAGCUUAUGGAUGGGAAGGGUUAAACAGCUGACUGAGGAGGAGGAAUGUUGCAUCUGCAUGGAUGGACGUGCUGAUUUGAUCCUACCAUGUGCUCACAGCUUUUGUCAGAAAUGCAUUGAUAAAUGGAGUGAUCGCCACAGGAACUGUCCUAUCUGCCGUCUACAAGUGACUGGGACAAAUGAUUCUUGGGUGGUGUCAGAUGCACCUACAGAAGAUGACAUUGCUAGCUAUAUACUCAACAUGGUAGAUGAGGCAGGCCAGCCUCACAGACCAUGAUGAUGAUGACUACUGAUAGAAGUACUUGAAAGUUCAUUGUCAUGAACAUCUGCUUUUUCUUCUCAUUCCCAUUCAUCCAUACUUCAUUUCAUUUAGGUGUCUCUUUGGUUGCUGUAAGCUAAAGCUACACUAUUCUUUUAAAACACAGGGUAUAUGAGCUAAUAUGUCUGGGUGCAUUCUUAACUUUUAAUAUGUAGCUUCAUUAAAUGCUCUAAACUGUUAAAUCACUAACGCUUGUAAAGUUUACUUUAACAACAUCUUUUCUGACAAGAUUAAGAGCCAUUGGAAUAAUUUUAUUAGUAUUAAUUAUAACAUAAUAGCAUUGUGCACCAGCUUUUUGAAUACCACAAAUGGAACUUUAUUAUAGAAGAUGCAGCGUCUUCUUAUUAAAGGGCCUGCCCUGCAGCCUUUUUCCUCAUAAGUAAUCCAUUCUCACACAGCUCAUCCCACUGAUUUCAGUGGGAUGACUCACAGGAAUAAAGAUUGUUAACACGCGUUAGGAUUACACAAUUAUAACUAAACUGUGAAGUUUUAUUGCUGAAAUUUGAGAAGCAUCUUUUGCCCCUUCCCUCACCCGUGGUCAUUUGUUUCUGUUUAGUAUUUGUAUGUUUUGAGUUAAACCAGUAGUAAUUUUUAGUAUAGAAAAGUGUUUUAAAUCUAUUCUCAGAGAUUACGGAAACCAGCCGUGUCAACAUGUGUGCUUUCCCUUUUUCCUAGCAGAGUAAACCUUUUAGAAGGCUAUUUUAUCUGAUUUCUAAAGUUUCAUAGCUAACGAAACUAUGCUAAACAGCUUCACACACAGUCCCUAAGAUUAAAACAAUAUAUUUCCAUAGCUUUUUGAUGAGCGACAGCCAAAAAUUGUCUUGUGCACUAAGCGUAUCUGAAAAGAACUCCCUUUACUGAAAGGCAUUGUACAGUAGCUGUCAUGGCUUUGUUUCGUCCUGAUGCUUUUCGCUUUCUCCAUUUUUCCAAGUCACAACAUUAUUCAUACUU